GUAGUUACAGGUGUUCAAAAACAAAUCUCUUGAGUCCAAAGGAGGGGGCACUGCCCCCCUCCGGGCCUCCCACCCUGCCGUACUCGGCAGAACCACAUUCCUACAGUUCCUGAGGAGAACCCUGAGAUCUGUGUGUGUUGAGCCUUGACCCUUUCCCAGGUAUCGUUGAGUCCAACCCGGGGAAGUUCCGUCUGGGGGAGAAUGAGUUGCAGGAGAGGAGAGACUUUGUGGAGCGAACACGGCAGGCCGUACAGGAGAUGAAGGAUCAACUCUCCAGUCCCUCUGUUGUGGCCCAGGCAGAGAAGAAGAACAGACAGGCUCUGAUGGGUGCGUCUGGGCAGGACAGGUCUGAUGGUCUGGAGUCUCACCUGGUGUCAACCAACUCCAGAUACAUCCAGGAUCAACAGGAACAGCAGCAGUUGAUCAUGCAGGACCAGGAUGAGCAGUUGGAGCUGGUGACAGGAAGCAUCAGAGUACUGAAAGACAUGUCAGGACGCAUCGGAGAUGAACUAGACCAACAGGCUGUUAUGCUAGGAGAUUUUGGAGAGGAGAUGGACCAGACAGGUUCUAGGAUGGACUCUGUCCUCAAGAAGAUGGAGAAAGUCUCCCACAUGACCAGCAGUAGGAGACAGUGGUGUGCCAUCGGAGUACUGGUGGUCAUCAUGGUAGUUGUUCUCAUCCUCUUCUUCACCCUCUGAGUAUGGACCUCUCUUCACUACACGACUCUACCGCACUCACCCACUCCUUCCUGGGGAAGAACCAUGAAAUGGAUGAAGGGAUGAAUGGAGGCAUCGAUAUAGGAAACAAGGAAUCCAAUCCAACCCUCGUCUUUCCUUUGUCAUAGAUUAUUCAGAGACUGAAUUCUAUCUUUCUGGUACUCAUCACUUUGUCUCUCUCUCUCUGAGUUUCUGUCUCUCUCUCUGGGUUUCUGUCUCUCUCUCUGGGUUUCUGUCUCUCUCUCUGGGUCUCUCUCUGGGUUUCUGUCUCUCUCUGGGUCUCUGUCUGUCCCCGUUUCCCUCCUAUUUCGCACCUCUCUCACCACUCAUUUCAGAGGAGAGCAGUGAGAUGACGGUUAUAUUAUAUAUUCAGGCAAAGCUAAGAUGUCUCUUGUGUGUGUGUGUGAAUGAUGGUACAGACUUGGGAGGAGGGAGGGAGAUGUCAAUGUUGCCUUAUCUAUUUUUAUACGUCUAUGAGAUGAUCUAUGGUCUUCAUCCCAAAUAGAACCCUGUGCACUACUUAGGACUGGUGAAAUCAUCUAGAUCCUAGAUCAGUUGUUAGGUCAACUUCUACCUUGUUCCAAAUCAUCUGGCCCAUUGGAAUAGCUUUAUCAUAGGAGGUAGAAGUUACCCCUUGACAUGUUUUAUGUCGUUUCCCCUUCUGGAUAAAGGAUUUGAGGCUAGUGAUCUGAUCCCAGAUCAAGCCUAUGGUGAUAGCUUUACCAUAGUAACAGUUGGAGUUCUGGGUUGCUGGGCAGGAAAUUAGCAGCACAUAAUUUGAAGCUCUUUCGCCCCCUAGCGGACAUUAAUGGCCAUGUCCGCAUGUCAUAAUGUGAGAUACCACACUUUCAGAGUUUUUGGGGGAGUGCUGAUAUAGGAUCAGUUUUGCCUCCUACUCUGAGAUGCUUGAUGACCCUGAGGUGCAUUUUAUACUAUUGUGUAAAUAAAUCUAAAUGUAAUGCUUGACAUUGUGGGAUGUGGACUUAUUUGGCCUUUCUCAAGACUCUCUAUGGGAGAGUUUCCUGCCUGGUGUCUUUUGGUUGGCCCCAAUGGUACCCGUUUGUGUGGGAUGGUUGGUUUAAUCUGUUCAUUUGCGAUUGGUUGUGUAUUUAGGGUUCCUGAGUGGCCCAGUGGUCGAAGGCACUGCUAGAGGUGUCACUACAGACCCUGGUUCGAUUUCAGGCUGUAGCGUAACUGGCCGUGAUUGCGAGUCCCAUAGGGCGGCACACAAUUGAUCCAGCGUCGUAAAUAAGAAUGUGUUAACUGACUUGCCUAGUUAAAUGAAUUUACAUGGUACUGAUUGAAUCACUCAAGUAUUUUUCCAUGAUCAGUUUGAAAGGUUGUAGCUCUGUUCUACUGAAAACUGUACUGGUUUCCAUCUAUCACAUUGUCCAAUGAUUUCGGUUUAUUAGGAACUCUCUCAGGGUGCAUUGACUGGUGCAAUAGGCCCUGUUCUCAUACCUCCUUCUCAAGGAAAUCACCACUGAUCUAACACGAUCUGGUUGGUCAGAGGACGCAGUGGAAAGUAGCCUAAAUUCCACCUAUCCAACUUUGUCAGAUCAGUGAUUGUGCACAAACAAGGUUGCAUUAGAAGGGUUUGAACAGGGCCUGAUUCUUCCAAGUCAAAAAGGAAAAGGUUAGCUAGCAUUUAUCCACUUCAAUGAUCAGUGUUUCUCCAGCUAUGGAAAUGACUAACCAUUCAAGAGUUAUUGCUAGAUGCCUUGUGGGAAGAAUGUAUUGUGUAAAUAGCAUACAAAAUGGCCACCUUCCUGCUUUUGUUUGCUUGCAUGUUGUUGAAGGGGAGUUUAGAACUGUAUUUGGUUGCCAUGUGAGUGCAGUUCACAUUGGUGUAAGGUUGGUUUCAUUGAAUUAGUGACCUCACUCAUCGAUUUCAAGUUCUACUGUUGCUAUUCAGUGUAAUGUUUUCCAAAGUCUGAAUUGUAUUUGCCUCUUAACCCGAACAACAUGUGCUGUAGUUGUCGGCCACCCUGUCUAUGAAUGAACAUAGGAGUCAUUUCAAAUGCUUUGCCGUAUCAGCCUGAAACAUCAAGUAAACACUCCGUUUUUGUACGAUAAAUGUUUUGCGUCAUUGUAGUUUCUUGAUGAAAAUGAACACUUGUUCUUAAUAAAUCAUGUGCUUUUAAA